AUGACUCAUGAAGCUUGGUUGAUGUUACUUGGCCUAGAUUUGGAUCUUUGGACGCAACCACUGUUAGAGAAAGCGGUGUCCUCUUUUAGUCCAUUGAUGUUAUGGGAAGAAGAUUAUUACCACAUGACUAGAGCACUUGUUGAAGUCAGAGUUUUAGACCUAGAAGAAAUCCCUUGGUUCUUUGUUUUCACCGAGGGCGCUGAUUUUGAUUCCAACGGCUGGACGGUGCAAUGUGAAGUUCUUCACACUCGUAUGCUUGGUGGAGCUGCACAGGAUGAAGAUAUACCACCCGGAGAUGAUGAUUUCAACCCAAUGCCUUUUUCUAUCAUGGGUUGGGCAGUUUGGCCAGGCUUGGCAAUGGAUGACAAUACUAUUGAUGACGAUUUCCAGCAACCACCACCACCUAUCGCUCAUGCUCCAGUGGAGAUUCCAAACUUCCCUAAUCUUCAAAACAUUCCACCACUUCAAGUUGAUGAAGUCCCACUUGAAGAUCUUAUUGCUUUUGAUGACCUCUAG